GCUACUCAAGUCGGAGAAGAUUUGUUUCCAUUGCACUCAAGUAGAAAUAAUAUGGCAGAAAAUAAAGACGCCACCGCAGUUACAAGAGAGGCCUCUAUGGAGCAAUGGCAGACUGGCCUUAAUCUUCUGGCAAAAGUAAAGGAAGUGAAACUGAUUAUGGAAGACGAGUUUCCGAAAUGGAUUUAUACUGUGCGAGACCUCGGAAAUAGGGUUCUGUUCAGUGUUUACAAUGCAGUGCAUGACUGUUGUCGGUGCUGUUGUAACUGCGUCUAUGGGCCUGGAAGUGCACCUUUCACGGCAUACAUGAAGCAAAGCAAUAAUGUCGAUGGUGUUGUCCUGAUGAGCUUCGAACGCCCUCUGCGUCUUCAGAGCGGCCUUAAAGGACUUUUCUGCGGUUGCCUGGGACAGGAGUUGAAGAUCGAAGCCCCUCCUGGAAGAAGAAUUGCCUCUAUUUUAGAGGAUUAUAACACCUGGGGUACCUCUCUCACUAUCUAUGACGCCAAGGGAAAGCCCGCCUUAAAGGUUAUUGGCCCCACACUGCCACCGUAUUUCAUGUGCGCGGAGCGUCCCACUGUCUUCAAGGUGUACACAAUGACAGGUACUCUAGUGGGGCAGAUUAUAUUUGAAGAACAAUAUGGGGAAAUUGGAAGCCGUCUCAGCGUCUCAUUUCCCGCCAACCUGGACGUCCUCAUCAAAGGAUCUGUCAUCGGUUGCGCACUUUUAGUUGCAUUCAUGUUUCACGAGGAGGGUUUUACGUAUUACAUGUUACAGCUGCUGUAUGCUUUUCGCAAUUCCUUUCGCAAUGGAAGGUCAUGAAAGGAAGUCAAGGAGGUCAAGGUCAUGGAUGUCAUCAUCGUGGGAAUUGGCCACCACUGUAUAGGGUUACAGCCUGUAUGGUAUUGAGAGACAAACAUGGACGAAGUUUCUAUUCAACUUGUGCAGAGCGAGUGAUAAAAGUAUCUGUCAAUCCAGUGUGUAACAAUACCUGUGUUCAUCCAUUCUAGGGCUGUAUUCUGUGCA